AUGGUUUAAAAACUUGUUUAAAAAACUUAAGUUAUCAAUCUUUUAAUCAAAUGUGGGGAAAAGAAUGGGUAUUCUACAGUACUUACAUCUUAUUUUUUAUUUAUUUUAAAUCAUAUAAUAGCAAGUCUUAACAUAGGUAUCCACUAAGAAGUUCAUAAAGUUGUUUAGCAUUUAUCUUAAUUGUUACUUUGUUUUUUUAUACUCAGAUUUCAAUUAAUCUUAGAUCUUAAAGCAUUUUAUCUUAUAUUAUUUAGCAAGCAUCAUUUAAUUUUAAUAGCUAAUCUCUAGUUCAGAAUUUAUCAGGUCGUAUUUAUAAGUAAUGACUUUCAUAGCAAUUUUUCAAUUUUUUUUAUUUAAUUUUUUUUCAUAUUUUUUAAUUUUAUUUUUAGUUUUAUUUUUCAUUUUUCAUAAUUUUUCAUAUUUUUAAAUCUUUUUUUAUUUUUUAAGUCAUUUUUUUAUUUUUUUUAUCAUUUUUUGAUUUUUUUAUUUUGA